AUGGAGAAUAUCGAUAGAUUGGGAUCUACUUCAACAAAUUCUGCGGUUGAAGACGGAUUAGGAUCUACAUCAACAGGAUCUACAUCGAUCAAUGAUGGAUCGAUUAUGAAUGAUCUUAGAAAUCCAGGAGGCUAUCUUUUUUAUACGGAUUCAAAUUCGGAUUCAGAGCCAGAAUCAAAUAAUACCGCAGUUGAAGUGUCAUACUUACCUGAUUGUCCAUCCCAGCUAAAGCCUUACAUUGGACAGAUUUUUCUUAGACUUGAUGAUGCUACUGAGUUCUAUAAUAAGUAUGCACGACAUGUUGGGUUUGACACUCGUAAACAUGGAUCAAAAAAGAAGGGAGAUCAUGUCACAUGGUUGUAUGUUGUGUGCAGUAGAGAAGGUCAGAGGAAAAUGAAAAUGCAAGGGCAUGAGUCAAAACGUAGACGUUCUUCUAGGAAGUGUUUUUGCAAGGCUAAAAUUGCUUUUAAGUUUUGUAAAGGAAUUGGUUAUGUUGUCAAUCAAUUUGAUGAAAUACAUAAUCAUGAUAUGGUGGAGUUACGCCAUAAGCGAUUCAUGAGGCUGAAUUGCAACAUUGACCUAUUGCAUCAGAAAAUUAUACUAGAUUGUGCAAGUGCAAACAUAGGCCCUACACUGACUUUUAAGUUACUGAAUGAGGUUCUUGGCGGGCUGGAUUAUGUUGGUUGCACGGUUGUAGAAGUUAGAAACUAUAGGCGCGACUUGAGAGCAUAUACUAGUGGGGCAGAUGCACAAAUGUGUGACCCCAUUGCUAAGAAGAAUUUCCAUCUCUACGGUGAUAUAGUAUCGUUUGACACAACCUAUUCAACUAAUAGGUACUGCAUGAUAUUUGCACCGUUCACAGGAAAAGACAACCAUGGGAGACCUGUAGCAUUUGGUGCAGGCUUAUUAUCUAAAGAAAAUGCUGAUUCCUUCACAUGGUUGUUUGAACGUUUUGUCAAAUGUAUGGGUUCUGCACCAAAAUUGAUCAUUACUGAUCAGGAUUUGGGAAUGAAGGUUGCUGUGGAAAGAGUCCUUGUUGAUACAAGACAUCGAUGGUGCAUGUGGCACAUCAUGUUCAAGGUUGUGGAAAAGUUACCAAAGAAUCUACUUGGCAAUGAAGACUUGAAAAAGGAGUUAAACAAUAGUGUGUGGUCUGAGUUGAUAGAGCCUGAAGAAUUUGAUGAAGAAUGGAAUAAAGUAAUGGAAAAAUAUGGGCUUAAGGACAAUGAGUGGUUUUCCUCGAUGUUUGCCUCACGAAAAUUUUGGGUAUGUGCCUGCAUUCUUAGGGAUUUUCCAAUGAGUUCACCAAUAAAGACCACAUCAAUAUCUGAAUCUCAGAACAUAUUCUUCAAGAGGUACUCCAAGUCUCGUUCGAAUCUUGUUGAAUUUCUUAUGAAUUACAACAAUGCAUUGGAUGGCCAAAGGAGCAACAACAAUAGGCUAGAAUACUUGGAUUUUAACACAAUUCCAACUUUGAAAACAAAUUCAGCCCUCGAGAAGCAUGCUUCGACAAUAUAUAGUGAUAGUGGUUUCAAACUAAUUCAAAGUGAGAUUGAGGAAGCAGUUGAUAAUGUCACUAUGGUGAGAGUGUCAAACAUUGGUGAGAAUGAGAUUUAUGUAGUCAACGACAAGUUCUCGAAGAACUGGACUGUGUCCUACUCCACAUCUUUUGAUUCAUAUGCAUGUAGUUGUAAGAUGUUUGGGAGGAUUGGGCUUGUAUGCAGUCACAUUUUUUGGGUCUUGAGAAACAAAAAAAUGAAAUUAAUCCCUAAUGAGUUACAUGGAGGACGCUGGUUGAAGUCUAAAUUUGUCAAGGCUGUGCAUUGUGGGUUUGAUGAUGAUAUUGAAACAUUUAUUGUUGUGGAUGAGACGAAGCAGGAGUAUAGGGAUAAAAUUCGAGCAUUUAGACAAAUUAUGGCUGAAGGAAGAAAAGAAGUACUUGGUGAGGGAAAUGUGUUGUCAAUUAGUGAAAAGAGAUUAAUGAUUGAGAAUUUUUAUGGAUCACAUGUCCCUAGUCAAAUAGAUGUUCAUCCGCCAGAUGUCGUCAAAACCAAAGGUUGUGGUCGACGUCUUUCUCGGCUUGAGAAGGAAAUGAGAGAGAUGUCCAAGCCUGGUCGGAAAUGUGGAAAAUGCGGCGAGGUUGGUCGGCAUGAUUCAAGAAAUUGUGAUAAGAUACAGGACGAGAAUAACAAGAAAAAGAGGAGAAACCAAUGUUGA